AAUUUGCUUCCGGUUCCGCUCACUCCUUCCGGUCGCCAUGGCGACAGGGCGCCUUGGGGUGGGGGAGACUCUGGUGGCUCUCAACGCUGCCCUGGGGCCUGGCGGCCCUGUGUGGCUCAAGGAGACGCGCGCCCGCCACCUCCGUGCCCGAGACUUCCUGGCGCCGCGAGGCGCACUGCGGGCGCGCUUCGAGGACGGGCAGGUGCCCGAGCAUGUGUUCCGUGCCGUCGCCUGCCUGCAGGGCCCCGGCGUGGCCCCAGUGCUGCGCUGCGUGUCGACUCCCGCGGGUCUGUCGCUGCAACUGCACCGACCAGCCGUAUUCGAGCGCGUCCUCCGCGCGGUGGCUGCCUAUACCGCGCCCGCUACGCCUGCCUCCCUGGGCCCGCGCGUCUUACUACACUGUCCGGCACUGCGCGGCUCCCCUUGUGCACUCCGCCUGAGCCAGUUGCGUGCCGUGCUCGUGGCCGAUCACCUAGCGCGAGCUCUUCGUGCUCACGGCGUGUGCGUGCGCCUAGUGCCUGCUGUGCGGGAUCUGCACAUGCUGACCUUCCUGCAGCAACUGCGGGUGGACUGGCCCUGUGCCUCGGAGAAAGCCUCAACCGAAACCCUCAGGAGCCGCGCACUUAGAGAGCUUACCUCUGCUCAUGACGGGGGGACACUGCCCCCCGGCGUCCUGGGCAGAUUGUGCCUGAAGGAGCUGGUGGAAGAACAGGGCCGGGCAGCUGGCUAUGACCCCAGCCUGGACAACUGUCUGGUGACAGAGGAUCUGCUCUCUGUGCUGGCCGAGCUACAGCAGGCUCUGCGGUAUUGGCCAGAGGACAGCUACCCAGGCCUGCCUGGGGCCGACAGCUGCACAGUUGUACACGUGGUGAGCUGUGAGGAGGAGUUCCAGCAACAAAAGUUGGACCUGCUUUGGUGGAAGUUAGAUGACCAGGCUCCACUCAGACAGAAGCACCUGGUCUGUGGCCCAGUGAAAGUAGCUGGUGCACCUGGCACUCUGAUGACUGCCCCUGAGUACUACAAAUUCCGGCAUGCCCAGGUGUGCAAGGCCUCAGCUCUCAAACACAGUGAAGAUCUGGCACAAGACCCAGCCUGGAUAGAGAUCUUUGGAAUUCUCUCUGUGGCCACCAUCAAGUUUGAGAUGCUAAGCACAACCCCACAGAGUCAGCUCCUCCUGGCCCUAUCUGACAGCGGCAUCUCCACAAAGGGUACAAAGAGUGGCACCUUUGUCAUGUAUAAUUGUGCCCGUCUUGCCACACUCUUUGAGAGUUACAAGUGCAGUAUGGAACAAGGUCUGUACCCCACUUUUCCACCUGUGAGCAGUCUGGACUUCUCACUGCUACAUGAUGAGGGUGAGUGGCUGCUGCUCUUCAACAGUGUCCUCCCCUUCUCGGACCUGCUGAGCCAGACAGCAGUCCUGGACUGCACAGCUCCAGGGCUGCACAUUGCUGCACGCACAGAGAUGAUGUGCAAGUUCCUGGUACAGCUCAGCAUGGAUUUCAGCUCAUACUAUAACCGGGUACACGUCCUAGGGGAACCUCGACCACACCUCUUUGGUCAGAUGUUCGCCCGCCUGCAGCUUCUGAGGGCCGUGCGUGAGGUGCUCCACACUGGCUUGGCUAUGCUGGGUCUCCCUCCACUGAGCCAUAUCUAAGGCCACGAGGCCUGGAUAUAUGGGAAUGUUCACAAAGUCAUCAACUGGAAAAAAACUCAAAACCCCACACAA